CGUUGUUAUACGCGACAGAAGUGCAAGGAACGUAAUAAAUCGGUGUCUCCAAGGAAAUAAUAUUGAUGUUUUCUAAAAUUUAAUACUUGUUAUAGAAUGAACAAUACUUUGAUUGGAGAAACAAAACUGAUUUAUUACGUGAAGUGUACUAGAACAUAAUUAAAAAGAUGCAAAGAAACCAGAUUAAUUUCUGUAUUAAACAUCAUGGCCAUGGACGCUAAAGAUUUACGAACAGACUCUGCUCUAAGUGCGCCAAUCAACGAUGGAAAUGCAAGCUACAACCAAAGUAGCAGUCCGCUACAAUCAAAUCGAAAUAAAUCAUAUCAAGAUAUUGGAUCAAAUUCAUUGGGUAAAGUGGAAUCGCAGGCCACGCGACCGUGUGCUAUUAUAGGCCCCGAUAGAGUAUUGCCACCGCCCCCUACCAGCGAUGUAUAUCUCAAAAAAGCAUCAGUCGAUCCAUGGUCAUGCAAUGAAAAUGUUUACCGACAUCAACCAAAUUUUACACAGAAAUUACCAGAUUACCAACAAGUACGGAACAUAUCACCAAGGCAAACAUUUCAAGAAAAUAUGCAGCGUAUCAUGGUCCCGCCUUCCUAUAAUUCAUCUAAGAAUAUAGAUGAUUCUAACUCAAAAAAUUCUAAAGUUGAUAUGCCAUUAGAACUUAAGUAUUGUGAUGUGCCUUAUACUAUUAAUCCAAUUAAUGGACAAAAAAGUAUUAGAAACUCAGACUUACCUUUAACAAGUGUGAACCCGGCUUUUGCAAGAAAUGUUCCACCCCAUGUGUGGGCAAACGGUACCGGUACAAGACCCACAAGGCCUUAUGGUGCACCUGAGUAUUAUCAGUAUCCUGAGUUAUCUAACUUUACAACCCCAAGACCAAUGUUAAGGCCUCAUCGAGCUCAUCAUGAUGAUGCUGCUCAAGUCAAUGCUGAACGUCUCUACCAAGAAGGAAACAUGCGGUUCAAGCCAUACCCAACAAUAAAGGAAAGGUAUCCUCAAGCCAGGUACGAUUAUCCUAAUAACUACCCUAAUACAUUUCACCCACAUGCACCUUACCCACCUCAGAAAUAUGAUUUAUCUAAAAGUAUACCUCCUCACCCUUAUCCCAUGUAUUCACAAGUUCCUAUGAGACGAAUUGCGGAACCAAUUUUAGAUUCAUACCAAAGAUCAAACCAACAAACAAACUUUAAUCAUUACCAUAAUCAAUACAUUCCUCCUCCAUACGGUUCAGUGCCAGGGAACUGCAUUCAAAACAAAAUGUACACCCACCCAUCUGAGUUAUCAGCUAAACAAUUAACACCAAAUAAAUUGCCUUAUGAUAUGAAUAAUAAAAUAUAUUUGGAGUACGAAAAUAAUAGAAACAAAAUGUAUCCUCCUGUUGACAAUAUGUAUUAUCCUGAUGCAAAUAGACCACCUGGAUCUAAAAAUGAUGUAGUGUUACCCAUCCACCCCGGACAUAUGCCAUAUAAUAUGCCACCACAAUAUAUGUACAGAAAAGACAACAUAACAAUGAAAACAUUUGACAAUGUACACUUUCGAGGUGUAGACCAGAAUGUACAUGUUAAUAGCCCUUUAUUAAGACAUCCUUUACAAUUUUCUCCUUCCGGACUAGUAAUAUCACCUGCAGAAUCCAACACAAGCAAUGAUGCCAUGCAAACACUACAAGAAGACUGUGGCUAUGUAAGUCAAUCAUCAUCAGCUAGUGGAAGAAGCAUUGAUUCUGGAAACUAUAGGAUGCAAAGUGAAAUGUAUAGAAAACAUGAGAAUUUCUACAAUUCAAAUAUGAAGAAAUUUCCAAAACAAGCAUCUAGGUCAGAUUCAGUUGGAGAUAAGAAAAAUCUUAAUGUCAGACAAUUUUUGCAAAUGUGGAAUGAAGGUGAAGAGGAAGCAACUGAUGGUAAUAUUGCCUCUAGCAAUUCAAACAAUUUUCCUAAAACUUCUGAGACAAUAAGUAACCAAGAGCAACUUUAUGUUCUUGGGCUUGUUAAUAUACCAACUGAAGAGUUAUCAAAAUAUGAGCAUAUUCAAAAAAUUUCAAAAUUACCUGAAAAUAUAAAGGGUUACAACAGUAUCGAACUUCUUGAUCAAUAUGAGCAGCUGGUUGAAUCCCCUGCGUUAAGACAAAGCAAAACAAUCAUGAGAGACUAUCAGAUGUCACCAAAGCCCUCAGUAAAACAACCCCCACAACUUCCACGUCCCGUUUCACCCUUAGAUGUUGAAGCUAAAAUAAGUCAAUCAGUUAUUCACAAAGAAGUAGGAUGUAACUUUGAAAUAAAGCCAUGUAGCCCAAAAAUGUUGAAUGUAGAGGUUGCCACUCCUGUACAAAAUAUAUUAGAUGAAAGAGCAAUAGAAAAGGUUAUUAACUUGGGUAUAGGCAACACAUCAGUGCUCUCCAAUAAGUCAGAAAACCCAACAACAAGCUGUAAAAUGAAUUCGCCUUUCAUUUCAAAUAAUGACAUAAUGAAAACUAGUAAUUACAUAUUUCAAGACCUAGAAAGUAAUUCGGGUGUAUGUCUUGCCUCUUUGCCUCGAUUAGACAGUGAUAUAGAACUCAAUUUUCCUGAAAUAAAUCAACAGUUUAUAGAUGCUAACAAAUUUAAUAAUAACAAACCGGGAAUUGUUAACUCAGAUACAACACUUUCUACCAAUUCAAUUGAGUCCGAACCCAAAUUUGUUACUGACAGAGCGACUCCAAAAUUGAGUAAAUAUCGUAAAACUAAAACAUAUGACUUUUCUUCUGAUGAUAUUGGUCACUGCUCUGCUAUGAAUCGAACCGACAGUGUAAUAAUAAAAAAUCCAGAUAAUAACAGAAAGCAUGAAGAGUUUGAGACUAAUGUUACAACAAUUAUGAAAGAAAAUAAAGGAACUGAUGUUAUAAUGAGUAUAACAGAUAGUGUUAUUGCAACGAGUAGACCUUCACCUUUAAAAACUGUUCAUACAAAUGACGAUUGUAGUAAUUCAGCAAUUGAUUUCAGCUUUAGUAAGAUAAGUGAGAAGCAUGAUUAUAGCACAGAGAGUAAAAAUGAACUUAAUAACAUGCAUAUCCAAAAAAAUGACCAAGAAGUAAAGUGCAAUAAUGGCAUUGAAUCAUUAGAAAAUUCACCUGUAAGAGAAGAUAUCAACAAUGAUAGUUCAGAUGCCAAUUUAAUAAAAAAUAAAUAUGAUACAGAUAUACCUUUAUGUUUGCCGUCUUGUAAUGAUAUAAACUUACAGACUAUUUCGGAUGAAAAAACAAAUACAGACGUACAUAAUGCUGAUGACAUUCAAAAUAAUGAGAAUAUAAACGACGAUAUGCUAAGGGAAGAACACCAGUAUAAAAAUGUUGAAGCAAGUUUGCAAAUCACUGAUUGUCUUGAUAUUGAUGAUUCAAAUGUAAAAGAAAAUAUUGUAUUGAAUUUACCAUUAAUCGUGGAGGAAGAAAAUGAGAAUAUAACAGCUUUAAAUGCCACUAUGAAUACAAAUAAAACAGAAUAUGAAGACCAUUUAAUAAUUGAAAAUACUGAGUUAAUCGUAAACAAUCAGGAUGAGAAGGAAAAAUCCAAUUAUAAUGAAGAUUCAAAAACCGAAGCGCAGUCGAAUUUCGUCCAAACUAAUAAUGAAUAUAUAAUAAUUAAAAAUAGUUUUUAUAAAAUGAGUGACGACUCUAAUGAUGAAACGAAACAAGAUGAGCGUGGGAACGAAGAUAUUUCUCAAAAUAACUGUCUAACUAAAGCGUCCGUUGUUAAUAAUUUAUUAGAAACAGAUAACUCUCAAGAAAAUCCAAGCCCUAAAAUUUUAGAAGUCGAAAAGGAAUGUACAGUCUUCGUAAAGAACACAGCCAAAGCUGACACUCAAAUGGAUUUAUGUGUAUCCGAAAAGUCUGACCAUAAGGAUAUGUCUCUUCAAGUUAUUUCAUAUAACAAGGCUAAAGAAAGUCACGUAUUACAUGAUACAUAUGUAAACAGUAAUGAAGGAGUUUGUAGUAAAGAUAAUUUACCACCAGAUAUAGCUGAGCAAUUUUCAGAAAGCACAACAACGCAAAAUGUACAACGUAUGGCACAAAAUAAUAAACUCGAAAUAGAUAACACACAAUUUUUAUCAAAUACAACAAUAAGAUCACCGUCGAGUAAGUUAGAUUCGAUGAAAAUUGAACCAAAAAUAAUGAAAUUAAAUAACAAUGAUCAUGUAUUUAAUGACGAAAAUAAAACUGAUAUAAUACAAACAAAUAAUAUUAGUUCUGAUAAUAUUAUUGACUGUCAAAAAAUAUUUAAUGUAGAAAAUGUAAAAUGCGAAAAAAAUUUAAAUAUUCUGUCUUAUCAUGGCAAAGAUACGGAAACGUCUCAAAUAAAAAACCACGAAAAAAAAACAAUAGAAAUUUCUUCACUAUCCCAAUCAAAUGAAGAAGAGAUCCAAACCUCUAUUAAUAUAAGCUUAGAUUCAUCCAUAAAUAGCGCACAUAGCGUCAUAGCAAACAAUUCCAGAAGAGAUUCAAUUAUAAAUAUGCUGGAAACUGCUAAAGUUGUACAUAGCUUAAAUAAUAAUACUGAACGAAUAGUGGAAAGCGAUUCAAUUAUAAAUAUGCUUGAAACUGCUAAAGUUGAACUAAGCUUAAAUAAUACUGAACGAAUAGAAGACGCCAAAAAAAUAGUACAGAUUGAAGAAAAAUCAUAUUAUAUUAGCAGUCAAGAAAUAGAGCAAGUUGACAAAUUAUCUCCAAAAACAACUUUAGAUCAAUUUGAAAUUAAAGAAGGUGUCUCAUCUCAAGCACCAGGAGCUGCUGAAAUUAAUCAAAUCAAAAUGGGGAAUACACGGAUUAAAAUAAAGAAAUACUUUACAUGUAAAUAUUUUUCAUGGCGUAUACAAAAUCUUGAUAUGUAUCAUGAGGGUAUUUACAAAGGUAUAGAUUAUGUUGUGGAUGAAAAACUUAUGGACGGGCCCAACGUAGAAGAUAUUCAACAGCAGAAACUAGAAAUGGAUGAUAUCAUAACUGACAAAUGUACAUACAAUUUUCAAACAUCAGUCUUACCAUUGGAAUCUGAAUCUUGUGAUGAUAAAACCAAUUAUAAAGAACAAUGUGUUGGAGAUUCCGCAGAAAAUGAUUAUAAUAUCUGUAAUCAUUCGAAUGAAAUUAAAGAAACGCAACGUUUUGAAGUUAAAAACACAAAACCAGAAGUAUCCAACCGUCGUACUUUAAAACGAUCCUUAUCAGAUUCCGCUCUUGUAUUGUAUACUGAUAUGGAUUCGACUGAACAUUCUAUAUUAAAAGAGCCAAAAAGACGAAAAUUCACGGCUGAGGCAAUAUUAGAGCCUCAGGAACAUGAAGAUUUCUCUACUUUCAUCCAGAAUAAUAGAAGAAAUUCUAUCUCUGCAAUAUAUAACAAUCAAAAUGUAUUUAUUUUAAUUGAUAACGACGACGAAUACGUUAUUGCUCAAGAUGGAGAUGAUAACAGUAAAAUCUGUUUCACAGAAGUGUCGACUGCAUUUUGUGAUCCAGCUGACGCUAUCCUUAAUUUAUGCGUCUCUAAUGAAUCUGAAGAAACUUCGUGUACUGAGAACUUUGUCUCGGAUGUUUUUGAACCAAAUGAAUUGCAGCCUAUAGAAAAUGAUGUAGUUCGUGACACUUGGGUGGAAGAUAUAGCUUGCGUGGAAACAGUUUUUAAUGAUGAUGUUGCUGAAGACAUCACAAUAAGUGCACCUACUUCACCAAAAAGUUUGUCUAGGGAUGGAAAUGACGAUGAAAGUAGCACGUGUUCUGAUAGUGAAAUUGAUCAUAUAUUAAAAAUAAAAGAGAUAUAUGGUGACAAUUUGUGUAUGGAUGACGUCCAACUUGUUGAAACGUUAUAUAAAACACCUCAAAUGGACGUUAAUAAAACACUGGUCGACAUUGAAUCUCAAAAUGGACAAGAAGUCUGUAAUAAUAAAGUAGCCUCUCCAUUUACAAUGGACGAAGAAUCUAUGUCCCCAAAAUGCAAUACCCUACCACAAUCAGAACAAUAUUUUAUAAGUCAUGAUAUUAAAGAAUUAGACGACAAGGAAAAUCAAAUUCACAAAAGUCCUUCACAAUAUGAAUGUAACUUUGCCCAUGUUGAAAACAAGUUAGACAGCAACGCAUUCGAAAAACUGCAAGAAGAUAGUGAUUGCGUGGUAGAUUCUUGCGAUUUAAGUCUAGAUGAAUAUAAAUCAUCUGAAAAUCAAGACAAUGAUAUCAAUUAUUCGACAUCUAGUUCACCCGAAGUGUCAUCCACGACAUCAGAGGAAAAAAGCUCUAGUAUUUUACUUAAAAUAACGAGCGUAAAUGGAUCCAGAGUAUCCCAAAUAAAUAGCGUACCGGACAUUUCGAACGAUUUAAGUUUUAACUUUAGCGAAAUCAAGGAUUAUACAUCAAACUAUAGGCCUCUUAUAACCAAAGCUGCUAAAAAAUAUAUCCCUCCUCUAAAAGAGACGCAAGAUCUUAAAGUAAAAUUAACAUUACCUCAACAAAGUCUUAAUAAAUUAAAACAAUUGAAACGGGCUAAAGAUGAACCUCACAUUCCAAAAAUAAAUCAUAAUAUAAGUAAUCCUAUACGACACGACUUUCCUAAAAAAAUUAAACCAAAGUUUGAGGAUGUCCUUAAAAGUAUUGAUGAAAUUCAAUUUAAAAGGCACAAAGAAAAAAACAAAAAACCUAAACACAGUAUUCCCAAAGUAGUUAUUAAGAAAAACGAGAACGGGGCACAUUAUGCUAGUUCUGAAAAUAAAAAGAAAUCUUAUAAUCCAGACUUAACUGGUCGAAAAUGGCAGCCGUGGGUUUUCAUAGAAAGAAAUGAAUUCGUCGAUAAGAUGGCACAAAGAAACAAGGUUAAAGCUGUAUAUUGUCACAGGAAGAAAACCUUCGUUUUAGCAGAGAAGUUUAAAAAGUAUAAAUCAAUUUGUACUGCUAAAUUUGUUAUAAGUCAACCGACUUCUGAUAGUGCAUCAUCAGGCAAUUUAAAAUAUACGAUAAGGCUGAAACAUAACUACUAAGCUUUAGUUGAGCACUGUUUCAGUAACCGGUAUUUACAAGUCUCUGACUGUACCGUAAUGGAUCCCACCCUAGGAUGGUCUCGUAUGUAACAUUCCUUCUAACAUAACUUAUUGUAUUAUUGUAGUUACCUUUAUUAGUUUAUUGCGUAGAUAUAUAACAGUAAAUGAAGCCAAAAUUUAAUUAGUGUGAUUAAUUAAAUUGUAUGUUAUAAUAUGAUGAUUCUAUUUAAUAGUGCAAUUUUUCAGAUCUGUAAUAUAUUCGUUAUAUUAUUUAAAGUUUAAUAAUA